AUGCUUCGUGAAAUUUUGGUUUUGGCAUUUUUAUACUAUGUGAAUGCGGAUGCAGAUAUCAAAGGACCACUGACAGAUGAUUUUCAAGCAUGGCUAAUGCAACACGGUUACGCCUCCUAUGACUUCGUUCGCGCUGACUAUGGAACUCAAGGAAGUUAUGGAGGAAAAACAUCCAGUACCCCAAAAGCUGUUAACACUCCAGUAGUUUUCAUUCACGGAAACUCUGACUCGGCUCUCAAAAGUGGCUCCUUAGCAAGUGGAUGGUCCAACUCCAUCGGCUACUUCCUGGACCAUGGAUAUACCAGUGCAGAACUCUACGCAACAUCUUGGCAAGACACGAGCCCAUUAAAUGCGUCGAAGAGAACCCACGACUGUACCGAUCUGAUUCGCCUUCGAAAGUUUCUAGAAGCAGUUUUGGCGUAUACAGGUGCCCCAAAAAUCUCAGUGGUUAGCCACAGUAUGGGUGUGACUUUGGCCAGGAAAAUUGUCAAAGGAGGAUCGCUGACCGCACCGGAUGGGUCUUGUAACUUGGGACUUCCGUUGAACAAACAGGUCGAAGUGAUGAUCGGAAUCUCCGGCGCCAACUAUGGAUUGUGCAAUUGUGAAGGAGGAAGUGCGUCGUUGGAGAAGACGUGCAAUAGAGACAAUGGUCUGUGGCCAGGGGAUUCUUGUGGAUUGAAUUAUUUGGAUUGCGGGUUGUACCCAUUGGUUUGGCCAUGCAGUGGAGUCAAUUAUUCCUCGUUUUUGAUGCAGUUGAAUUCAGAUAAGAAUAAGGAAGCCGAUUAUGUAUUCAGUAUGUGGAGUCUGGCCGAUGACGUGAUUCUAUACGGAGACAUGGUUUGGGGACGAUCCACUUCUUUCAUCCCAACCUCGGACGGAAAAGUUGUCUAUCAUGUUUAUACGCAUAUGGAGAGUAAGGAACUGACAUCUGCGGAUCAGUACCAGAUGGUCAAGGACAAGACGGUGCCGUCCGUCUAA